GGACUCGGGGACGAAUGGACAGGCCCGAGUCUGCCCCUGCCCCUGCCCCCGUCCGGGCGCGGCCGAAUGUUCGGGGUGGUGGGGCGGGUGGCCCGGGGGUGUCGGGCUCGGGGCUCAGCACGGAGUGGCCUAAGGGUGAAGUCGCCUGGGUCACGCAGGAAACAGCAAGGAGGAGGCGGAGGAGUUGCCCCCCGCGGGCAGGUCGGGCGCCUCAACUGCGAGAGUGGGCUGGACUCGGGUAGAUCUCCGCCUUUUACUGCCAGGGGGAGCUUGAGUAAGUGACUUAGCUUGUCGAGUUAACUACUUGCCCCUGUGGUUAGCACGCACGGUGACGGUAGCAGACUUCUACUGAACACUUGCUGUGUGUCAGGCGCUCUCUGUGCAUCGGUGAUGUGGGGUACCGAGGUGCGGUAGAGCGCUUAGCGCAUCGCGAGGCUCGCCAGAGGUGAGCUGCCAGCGCUUCGCCGCUGAAUGAGAAAACCCACUACCCUGAGCACAACACCCUGGAAGUCAUCACUUAAGGAUGAAUUUUUAGAUGUGAUCUACUGGUUCCGACAGAUCAUUGCUGUGGUCCUAGGUGUCAUUUGGGGAGUGUUACCGUUGCGAGGUUUCUUGGGAAUAGCAGGAUUCUGCCUGAUCAAUGCAGGCGUCCUGUACCUCUACUUUAGCAACUACCUGCAGAUAGAUGAGGAAGAAUAUGGCGGCACGUGGGAGCUCACAAAAGAAGGGUUUAUGACAUCGUUUGCCUUGUUCAUGGUCAUCUGGAUCAUCUUUUACACUGCCAUCCACUAUGACUGAUCGGUGCAUGGCCCCCACCUGCUCCCGGUCCGCUCCAAAGGACCCUCUUAGUUACACCACGGAAACAUGAUUAUUAGGGGCAGCCCAGCCACAUGGAACCUGGAAGACCCACGUUUCCUGGACCAAGAAUCAGUGUGUUGGGCGUCAGUGUUUUCUGCAAGGGUUGUGACCUGAAACUUUUUAAAGAACCAUCCACCUUUUGGGGAAGCAUUUCUGAAUCGUCCAUCACCAACCAUUUCUUCUUGGAUACCAUCAUGAAACACCUGUUUGCCGACUGGAGCUGUCCUAUAAUUUGGUGCACCUCUGGAUCCGGAUGAAACAUUAAAUUGUCUUCCUUCUCCAUCAGGUGUACAGUUUUUAAACUAUCAAUCAUUGGCAUUUCAAGUCGUCUGAAAACAGUAUGGCAGUAUGUGCGUGGUCCAUAGCACAGUACAAGCAGCAUCUAAUAACAGUUUUCAUUGUAGAAUGUUUUCAGAUACUUGAAUAAAUCAGAUCUUUAACUGAGA